UAACUCUUCCUCCACACAACGUGUCCUCUUACUCCUCUUUGCUUUUAUUUUUCUUUCUUCAUCUCUAGCUCUCUCUUUCUCAUUCUCUUUCUCUCAUACUCUUACCAUGUCACACACACAUUACUAGCGGAGAACAAAGCCAGAAUUUAAAGCUAUGAAGUUGGAGAUGGCAAUGGCAGAAUUUAAAGCUUACUUCGCCCAAGAGAAGAGUUUUUGAAGAGAGGGAGCUGCAUGAUGUACUUUGAAGGGAGCAAAAUUUAAAGCUUGUUUUUUCUAUGUGUGUGUGUGUGUGUUUUUAUUUUUUUAUUUUAUUUUUUUAUAUAUAUAUUUUUUUAAGGUUCAGAUUCAAAGGGAAGUAGGGAACUGUGAGAAGCGGUCUGAUCACGGUUCUCAGAAACGUGAGGUCCAACUGCGGUUCGCACAGGUCCCUGCUUUUUUCCCGUAGAGCGGUUCUUAAGGUUAAAAGAACAGCAAAAAGGAGUGGUUCGAGAUUUUUCCAGUCGAACUGUACGGUCCGGUCUGGUCUGGUCUGGUUUUCAAAACCAUGUCAUUUAGGUGUUGUAAACAGUACAACAUCCACUUCUCAAAUUUUUAACUUUAAAUUCAAAUUGCAAACAACUAAAGUGUUAAGCACGGUCUUUCACUCAUUUGGAAAAAGAGAAAAAAAACAUGUGAAAAAAAACAAAAAACAAAAAACAAAACUAAACAGUAAUUUGAAUAUUAAAAGAAUUUUUUUGAUAAUCUAGCUUGAAUAUUAAAAGAAAGGUCAAAUAAGUUGGCAAACAAGUAAUGAAUAUUAAUACCAUAACGAAAUUAGAACGUAGAAUGAGUUUUUUUCUUUUUUGUCUUGAACUAGAACUCUGCCUUGUCUUGAACUUCAAACAGACUUCAAACGCAUUCCAGAUACAUAUGGUCACAAUUUGAUAAGUGCCAUGUAUUCAACAAAUAAUAUUCUCUUAGUUGGUUCUUACUUUGCAAAGAUAUUAUAAUAGGCUUGUCAUUGUCACUUUUCAAAGUCUUACGUUUGACUUUCUGACCUUGUCCUAUAAAUGAGAGUAAGAUCAUGAAUCUUACAAGGUAAUUGAAAACAUAAUCAUGAAGAUCCCUACCAGAAUCGCUUUUUCAUUUCUGUUCUGCUUCAUUAUUCUUUCUAGAAGUAAUUUCUUGGCCAAAGCACAAAACACGACAAUCUCAGUUAACGUGGGUGUGAUUCUUGACUUCGAUACAUGGACUGGGAAGAUGGGUUUGAGUUGCAUCAAAAUGGCCCUUGCAGACUUCUAUGCCUCCCAUAAUCACUACAAAACUAGGCUACAUCUUCACUCCAGAGACUCCAAAUGUGAUGUUGUUGAAGCAGCUGCUGGAGCUCUAGACCUGAUUAAAAACAUGGAAGUGCAAGCAAUCAUAGGUCCACAAAACUCUAUGCAAGCCAACUUUAUGAUUGAUCUCGGUGAGAAAGCUCAGGUGCCCAUUGUAACAUUCUCAGCAACAAGUCCUUCUCUUACUUCCCUUCGGAGUCCAUACUUUUUUCGAGUAGCUCAAAAUGAUUCAUCUCAAGUGAAAGCUAUAAGUGCAAUUGUUCAAGCCUUUGGAUGGAGAGAGGCAGUGCCAAUCUAUGUAGACAAUUCAUUCGGGGAAGGUAUAAUACCCUACUUGGUUGAUGCCUUGCAAAAUGUUGAUGCCCGUGUACCCUAUCGGAGUAUGAUUUCUCCAUCAGCCACAGAUGACCAAAUUGGUGAAGAACUUUACAAGUUGAUGACAAUGCAAACUAGAGUCUUCAUAGUGCACAUGUCAACCAAUAUUGGUUCUCGGCUUUUCAACAAAGCAAAAGAGAUUGGGAUGAUGGGUGAAGGUUAUAUUUGGAUAACAACCAAUGGGAUAACCAACUCUUUAAGUUCGUUAGAACGAUCAGUCCUUGACUCAAUGCAAGGGGUGUUGGGUGUAAAAACUUAUGUUCCAAAAACAAAAGAACUUGAAAAUUUUAGAGUUCGAUGGAAAAGCAAAUUCCAACAAGACAAUCCAACCAUUUUGAAUGCUGAAUUGAAUGUGUUAGGACUAUGGGCUUAUGAUGCUGCUUCAGCACUAGCCAGGGCAGUUGAGAAGGUUGGGACUACAAAUUUUUACAUUGAACAAACAACUGCUUCAAGAAACUUAACUGAUCUUGAAGCCAUUGGAGUCUCUCAAAAUGGUCCAAAACUUCGUGAAGCAUUAUUGGGUACUAGAUUUACAGGCCUAGCUGGAGAUUUCAGUCUUGUUAAUGGACAAUUACAAUCAUCGAUUUUCAAAAUAAUCAAUAUGAAUGGCAAUGGAGAAAGAGGGAUUGCAUUUUGGACGCCAAAAAAUGGACUCAAAAGGGAAUUGAAUUCAAGAAACACAACUACGUCCAAGAAAAAUCUAGGACCCAUUAUAUGGCCAGGCGACUCAAGUUCCGUUCCAAAAGGUUGGGAGGUUCCAACAAAUGGGAAAAAGUUGAGAAUAGGAGUUCCAGUGACGAAGGGUUUUGGUGAAUUUGUUAAGGUGACACAUGAUGCUAACAAUAACAGAACACAGGUCACAGGGUACAGCAUAGACGUCUUCAGUGCUGUCAUGGAAACAUUACCAUAUGCUGUUAACUAUGAGUUCAUUCCGUUUGCAAAUUCAAGUGGUGGAAGCGCUGGUAGUUAUAAUGAUUUGGUCUAUCAAGUAUACCUUAGGAAUUUCGAUGCUGUGGUAGGAGAUACAACAAUCACAGCAAACAGGUCUAACUUUGUCGACUUUACAUUGCCAUACAUUGAAUCCGAAGUAUCAUUAGUAGUGCCAAUCAGGGACAAUGGGAGUAAAAAUGCAUGGAUUUUCUUGAAGCCUUUAAGCUGGGACCUUUGGAUAACAAGUGGGUGUUUCUUUGUCUUCACUGGCUUUAUAGUUUGGGUUCUUGAGCACCGAAUAAAUGAAGAUUUCCGUGGGCCUCCCUCACAUCAAAUUGGAACAAGCUUAUGGUACUCCUUCUCAACCCUGGUUUUUGCACAACGGGAGAGAGUGGUAAGCAACUUGACAAGGUUUGUGGUGAUCAUAUGGGUUUUUGUGGUGCUCAUACUCACUCAAAGUUACACAGCAAGUUUGACAUCACUCUUAACAAUUCAACAAUUGCAACCAACUGUUACUGAUAUCAACCAACUUAUUAAGAAUGGGGAGCAUGUUGGCUACCAAGGAGGAUCUUUUGUUUUGGGAAUCUUAAAAGAAAUGAAGUUUGAUGAAAAUAAACUUAUAAUAUAUGAUACUCCAGAAGAAUGUGAUCAAUUGUUGUCAAAAGGAAGUGCUAAUGGUGGUAUAGCCGGUGCUAUUAUUGAAACUCCUAUGAUGAAGCUUUUUCUAGGACAAUAUUGCUCCAAGUAUACCAUGGUUGAAUCAAUUUAUAAAACUGAUGGGUUUGGCUUUGUCUUCCCAAUAGGUUCCCCCUUAGUAUCUGAUGUGUCAAGGGCAAUCUUAAAUGUAACAGAAGGAAAGAAAAGGAAAGAGAUUGAGAAUGCAUGGCUAGGGAAUCAAAACAAUUGUACAAACUCCAACAACCAAGUUUCUUCUGCGAGUCUUACCCUUGCUAGCUUUUGGGGCCUAUUUCUCAUUGCCGGGGUUGCUUCCUUACUAUCUCUCAUCAUCUCCAUGUCUAUGUUCCUUUACAAGGAAAGACAACAAAUCUUGAUCCACUUUUAUUCAGAAGGCUCAAUAUUGAGAAGAAUUCAUCACACCUUAGGAAUCUUUGACAAAAAAGACCUCAAAUCCCAUACUUUUAAAAACAUGGCACUGCAAGACGGAACUGGCAUUGAUAGUGUUCAAGUUAUAAGUGCAAGUGAAGCCUCACCAAACAGUGAGUACACACCAAGUCCAUCAAGCUAUUCAACCCACACUGAACCCCCCUGCGAUUGCUUGGGAGCUUUUGGAACGCCUCCUAGAGAGUAUGGCGAUCUUAGUCCAAACGGUCAAGCAUCUCAAUUAGCACCAGUUAUCGAGCUAAUUAGCUACCCAAAUCAAGAGGGAAUAACAACCAUAGAAAUAGCUCAUGAAAAUUGUUAAUAUGCAUUUUAUGUCUUAGUUGACAGUAACAUAGUAACUCGUAGCAUACACUCAAUUAAAGGUAGUAUAGAGGUAGAAAACUGAAGGCAUCCAUAUGUAAAUUUGCUAAGCUGAAGCUUGUUCACAAGCCUUGUUCAGUUGAUUAUGUAACUCAAUUCAUAAGCCUAAUUCAAUUUUUACUUAUGUAUGUAUUUGACAUUUGUGAAUUUGUAUUGGCAAUUUUUUAUUCAAAUGGCAAGAUACAGGUGUU